AAAAAAGAGAACACAACCGGCAUAUCGCUUCCCCUCCCUCAUCUCUUCCUUCUUCUUAUAUAAACCCCCACACAUCAUCUAUACUUUUUCUUUAAAAUUAAUUCAUCACCAUGGGUUUAAGCUUCUCUAAACUUUUCUCUGACCUUUUCGGCAAGAAGGAAAUGCGCAUCUUGAUGGUCGGUCUUGAUGCUGCAGGUAAGACCACCAUCCUGUACAAGUUGAAGUUGGGCGAAAUUGUGACGACCAUUCCUACCAUUGGUUUCAACGUCGAGACCGUCGAGUACAAGAACAUUUCGUUCACCGUGUGGGAUGUCGGAGGUCAGGAUAAGAUCCGUCCCUUGUGGAGACACUACUUCCAAAACACUCAGGGUAUUAUCUUUGUUGUCGACUCGAACGAUCGUGAUCGUGUCUCAGAAGCACGCGACGAAUUGCAGCGCAUGUUGAACGAAGAUGAGCUUCGUGAUGCUUUGCUGUUGGUGUUUGCCAACAAGCAGGAUCUUCCCAACGCCAUGAACGCUGCUGAGAUCACCGAUAAGCUUGGUCUCCACUCUUUGCGCAACCGACACUGGUACAUCCAGACCACCUGCGCAACAAGCGGUGAUGGUCUUUAUGAGGGCUUGGAAUGGCUGUCGACCAACUUGAAGAGACGAAGCUAAGCGAAGAACGAAGAAAAUGCAGCAACGCGUGCGCCAAUCAAGAAGUUUGUCUCGUAUAUAGUUUGUUGGAUUUUGUUUUGCGAAUAUCAGGCGUCUACUCUAUCUUCUCUCCACACUCUCUACACACACACACACACAAUCUUACACUCUCUAUGUAGCUUGAAGAACACAUCUAUUUUCCCUCUCUCGCAGACCCAUUACCCCGUCGUCCCUUUUGAAGAAAGACAAAAAGAAUUAUUAAAAAAAACAAGAAUAUAUCACACAGAUUACUCGAGGCUGCUGCUGUUUGUUUGCUUGUUGCUCUCUUGAAUAUGGAAACUUUUUCGAAUAUGACAAGUCGACA